GGUGUGGUGGUGGGUGAGAAGAAAAUCGUCGUCGUGCUGCGCUCCAAAACGCAUUAUUAAUUUUUUUGUCGGAGUUUCGAGUCAAGUUGCCGAGCAGCUAGAUGCACAUAGCAGCAGCAGUAGUAGUACACGAUGUUGUCAUCAUCGAGCGUUGCAAUAAUCGCGGACGAGCCGAGAGCGAGAUUUCAGCAGCAGCAGCUCGAUGUGUAGAUUUUUGCGUAUUGGCCGCGCUUAUAAGUUAAGUCGAGCUAAGAAGGAAGAAGCAAGUCGGACCGCAACAACAUCGCCCAAUGGCAGACGAUAAUCUUUACGACGAUGAGGAGCUGGUGUCGACGAAUCCGAAUCAGAGAAACUGGCGGGGUAUACUGAUAGCUCUGCUGGUCAUCAUAGCGGUGCUGGCACUGAUCGUAACGUCGGUCGCGCUGCUCACACCUCCGGACGAGAGCUCGAGGAUCAAAGGUCAACGAUUGAAAUUAUCGGAUGUACUUUACGGAGAGUUGACGCCUCUCCUCUUCAACGGUACGUGGGUGAAUCACCGGCAAAUAUGCUACCGCGACACGUGGGGCGGCGUGUCGCUGCUCGACGUCUCGAGCUCCAACUUCAGCUCCAUCAAUCUGGUGCACGACAACGUAUUCAAGCGGUUCACUCCGGCGAAAUUCUCGCUGUCGCCGGAUCAGAAGUUUCUGCUGAUCGCGCACAAUAUGAAGCAGUUGUUUCGCUACUCUUACCUGGCCCAGUACACCGUCUACGAUCUGGCUUCCGGGGCGACCGUCGCCAUAAAGAUCCAGGAGAACGGGCCCGGCGGCGGCGGCCAGCCGUAUCUGCUGUCGGCCCGCUGGACGCCCCGCGGCCACAAGCUGAUCAUCGUUCACGAUUACGACAUCUACUACAAGCUCGAUCCGCACUCGAGCACGAGCUAUCGCGUUACCAAUAACGCCGUGCCCGGAAUAAUAUCCAACGGUCUGACCGAUUGGCUUUACGAGGAGGAGAUCCUGCACAGCAGCGACGCGAUCUGGAUGUCGAAGGACUCGCAGGUGCUGCUCUACGCCAGCUUCAACGACUCGCUGGUCAAGGAGCAGCACAACACCUGGUACGGCGACGGCGGCCACUUGGUCUAUCCGGAGAUACGAUCGUUGCGCUAUCCCAAGCCGGAAACGCCGAAUCCGACGGUCUCGCUGUUCGUCGCCGAUCUGGCCGAUCCCAACAACAUCAAUGUCAAAUCCGUGAAGCCACCGCCGAUCAUCGAAGCAACGGAUCAUUACCUGACCGGCGCCACGUGGAUAUCGCCGAACGAGAUCUGCAUCACGUGGAUGAAUCGGCUGCAAAAUCUCUCUGUGAUAUCCAUCUGCAAGAAUCCGCUGUGGAAGUGCCAGGAGGUGCAGCAGAUACAGGGCGACGAGCACGGCGCCUGGCUCGACAGCCCCAGCGAGCCGCCCAUCUUCACCCUCAACGGCUCGCACUACAUCACCAUAGCGCCCGUGAAGCAGGGCGCCCACGGCAACUUCCGACACAUUGUGAUCGUCGACGUGACCAAGAAGCAGGUCUUUCCGCUCACGCACGGCCAGCUCGAGGUCACCAAGAUCCUCGGUUGGGAUUACGCCAACAAUACCAUUUACUUCAUGGGAACUCCGGCGCUUCAUCCCUCCCAGCGUCAUCUCUAUCGUAUCAGUUCUGUGAUACGGUCUAACAAUAAUAAUAACAAUCAAGACGAUACUAUAACGUGUAUUAGUUGCAGUACGUUGAUCAAUGCCAAAAGCCACUAUCCAUUUGUAGAUUAUGUGCCUUCAAAAAUAUCGGGAUUAAUCAUUCCCGAUGAUAAUAAGCUCGCUAACGAGUACAGUAGAGAACCUAAUAAGAAUCGCAACCCCGACGCGGACAGGACGACGACGACCAACGCGACGAACACGACUAAGAGCAGCGGAAGCAGCAAGAAAGAUAAUGUCAAACAUAAUCAGCUACGAGCUGUACGAACGUGCCAAUACUAUAACACUAUUUUUUCACCAAAUCUACAUUACUUCGUAUUGGAAUGUCUGGGUCCAGGUGUCCCGUUAGUAGCACUCUAUAGGACAGAAUUACCGAAGCCUCGUUUUCUGUUGAUGUUAGAAAGUAAUUCUGAACUGGAGGAAAAAAUGUCAAAUAUAGCUCUUCCGCAAAUCAAGAAAUUCCCCGUUCAAAUAAGUGGCGGCUACUCGGCGCAAGUUAAAUUGUACUUACCACCGACUCUGCGAGACGAGGAGAUCACGCGCUAUCCACUCGUAGUUCAAGCUUACGGCGCACCCGGAUCGCAAUUAGUGACUGAUAUUUUUAAGCUCGAUUACAACUCUUACCUGUCCGGCAAAAUGAACAUGAUCGUGGCGCAGAUCGACGCCCGGGGCAGCGGCGGCCAGGGCUGUCGCAUGACCCAGGAGGUCUAUCAUCGGGCGGGCAGCGUCGAGGUCGCGGACCAGCUCGAGGUCACCGAGUACCUGCGCGACUCGCUGCACUUCGUCGACAAGCGUCGAGUCGCCAUCUGGGGUUGGAGCUACGGCGGAUUCGUCGCGGCCCACGCUCUCUUCAGGCCCGAUCAGGACGUCUUCGCCUGCGGCAUCAGCGUGGCGCCCAUCGUCUCCUGGGAUCUGCACGAUUCGGCUUACGCGGAAAAGUACAUGGGUUAUCCGAACGUAUCGUCGAAUUAUCAGGGCUACCUCGAGGCCGAUCUUACGAGAAAAGUCAAGGAUUUAAAGGGUAAAAAGUUUUUCCUCAUUCACGGCACAGCAGAUAGCAACGUACAAUUUCAGCAAUCAUUAGUUCUCUCUCGCCACUUGACCGACAGUGGCAUUUUAUUUAGGCAGCAGAUAUAUCCAGACAUAGAUCACAGUCUUUCCGGCGUCAAGGAGCACCUGUACCUGUCGAUGAUACAGUUCUUAGAGGAUUGCUUCGUCAAGCUGACGCGCGUAGAACCCAAAGCUGGCUUAAGUAGUGGCGGUUACGAAACUUGAAGAUUUUCAAAUUAUUACGAUAAUUAAGAUUACUAGACAUUUUAACUAAAAAAAAAGAGAAGUAAAAAAAAAGACAAUUACGCGUCGAGUCUCGUUUUUUUCUUUGUCUCGUAAAAUUAAUUCAAUUUUUCGAUUCAAUUAAGAAAAAUUUUAAACAAAACCACCGACCAUUAAUUGAUCGACAUUAUCACAGACACCUAACACACACUUACAUACGGAUCUAUUUGCGGGCGCAAAUAAUUCAUUUCUAAAAGCAAUAUAUAUAGUAUAUUAUAUAUUAUAAAAUAAAAUACAUCAAUAUUAUUAUAUAUAAUGCCAAAUAUUUCAGAAAAUAUUGAUCAGAUUAUAAAUCUCUAUUUUUUGCGGCGCGGACGAUUAGUUGAAAGAAAAAUAAGUCGCAGAUAAACGUCCCGAGCAAAAUAACGUAGACUUCUAUUAACAAAAAAAAACUAUAGUUCGUUAUUAGUCCUGUUGUUAUAUUUAUCUUUAAAUUUAAACAAAUAUUGUACAUGUCAUCUCUUACAUACAAUUAUAUCGCGUAAAACGUAAAAACUGAGGAUAACAAUUAAGAUUUACAGUUAUGUUUCUUCUUGUAACUAUCAACAAUAAACAAUGCGUAAAUCUGAAA